AUGCCCCCUAAAGGUGCAACUCGCGCACGCCGGCAAGCUGCGGCCCCUGCGGCUGCGCCGGCCACGGUGAAGUCAACCAAGCCGCGCGGACGUUCUGCGGGCUCAAAAGCCACGAAAGCUACAAAAGCCACGAAAGCUGCGAAAGCUACAAAGGCUACGAAAGCUGCGAAGGCUAAAGAGCCAAAGAAGCCGCUCCAAGAGGCCAAGGCAAACACUGGCGUGAAGCGGAAGGCAGAAGCUGAACCAGAGGAAGCGAAACCUGUCAACAAGAGACAGAAACGCGGUGCCGAAGCGCGUGUCGCACCACCGCCCGAGGCCAAAAAGCCCAAGAAGGAGAAAAUCGUCCUGAACCACGCUCCUACUACGCGUCUGGAUGUGUUCGUCUUCGGAUCGAACAGUAAUGGAGAGCUUGGGCUGGGCGACACGUUCAAGAAGGCCGAGUGCCCGAGGCCCAAGCUCAACUCCAUCCUCUCGGACGCCGGGGUCGUCCAGAUCUCGGCUGGCGGAAUGCAUUGUGUGGCUCUUACCCAUGACAACAAGAUCCUCACCUGGGGCGUCAACGAUCAGGGCGCGUUGGGAAGGGACACUCAAUGGGAGGGUAAACUGGUCGAUAUCGACAAGGCAAACGAGGAAGACUCGGAUGAGGAAGACGAUGAAAUUGAAGUGAACCCGCGGGAGGCCACGCCCACUGUCAUUGACAUGUCUGGUGUGGAGCCUGGCACAGUUUUCACACAGGUUGCAGCAGCAGACAGUGCCUCCUUUGCUCUUACCGACGAGGGCAAAGUCUACGGCUGGGGAACUUUCCGAGGAAGCAAUGGUGUUUUUGGAUUUUCCCCGGAUGUCGAAGUCCAGCGACGACCGACCUUGAUUCCCGAGCUUCAGAACGUGACCAAGAUCGUCGCUGGAAGCAACCACGUCAUUGCGCUCUUGUCCGACGGCACAGUCCACACCUGGGGUUCCGGGGAGCAGGACCAACUGGCACGGCGUGUCGUGGAGCGGCGUAAGAAGAUGCAUGCGCUUCUGCCGCAGAGGGUCGGGUUGCGCCGAGGAAUUGUCGAUAUCGCCACUGGACCGGAUCACGCGUUUGCCAUCCACAAGAACGGCACGGUGUACAGCUGGGGCUUGAACAACUAUGGGCAGACUGGAAUUCCCUCGAAGGCAGGGGAGAGUGAAGCUACCAUCCUGAAACCGGCGGCGGUGCCCAGCCUGAAAGGUCGCGGCAAGAUCGUCCGUAUCGAGGGUGGUAACUUCAACAGUAUUGCGGUUACCGAGCACGGCGAGUGUCUCGUCUGGGGCCGGAUCGACAACAAAGCCAUUGGAAUCGACGCGAAGGAUCUCCCUGAAGACGACGUGAUCUUUGAUGAACGCGGCAAACCGCGUAUUCUCACCGUCGCUACGCGCAUCCCGACCUUCGAAGCCGCCACUGCCGCGUUUGGUACCGAACAUGCCAUCGCCAUCACCAAGGAUGGCAAGGCUUACAGCUGGGGGUUCAACUCGUCGUACCAGACCGGACAGCCGACUGACGAGGAUAUCUCGGUGGCGACGCUGAUGGACUCGAAGUCGAUCCGCGAGAAGAAGCUGAUUUGGGCCGGUGCUGGAGGGCAGUACGGCAUGGUGGCUUCAGAGCACGCUGAACCGGCAGUCAAUGGUGUGGCUGAAUCUGCUCCCGCCGAAUCUGCACCGGCUGAAACUGCCCAACAGGAAUCUGGUAACCAGGAAUCUGCUAAUCAGGAAUCUGCCGCACCUGAGGCAUCCACAUCCACUUGA